UGAGGUCAUGUGAUCUGUGACGUAGACAACAUGGCGGCCUCCGCUGACAAGAGUGGUUCAUCCGUGAGAAGAAGACGUCUUGAAGGUGGUUUAACAGAAGCAAAGUUUGCAGACGGCAGCAAACAAGAUGCUACAAACACAGAAGAAACUGCCGACAAAGAAAAGAAGCUCCAGACGUUAGAAACGGGGAGUUUCUGGCUCACUCGCAUUGUGCUGCUGCGCUCCAUAGCCUUUAUUUACUUUGUGGCGUUCAGUGUCGCAUACAACCAGAAUAAACAACUGAUAGGCGACAACGGCCUGAUGCCCUGCAAGAGCUACCUCAAUAACGUCAAGCGCUAUGUGGGAGGAAAGAUUGGCUUGGCCGCCCUGGCGUACACCCCCUCCAUCCUCUGGUUCUUGGAUUGGAACAAUAUGGACCACAACUUGGAUGGUAUUGCCCUUUUGGGGAUGGUGCUGUCCGGGUUUGUUUUGGUGACAGGGAUGGCCAAUAUGGUGAUCAUGGUGUCAUUGUGGGUGCUCUACCACUCCCUGGUUAAUGUGGGACAACUGUGGUACUCCUUCGGCUGGGAGAGUCAGCUGUUGGAAACUGGGUUUUUGGCCAUUUUUCUAUGUCCAGUGUGGACUCUGUCUCAAGUCCCCCGUCGCUGUCCCCCCUCCCUCAUCUGCAUCUGGACCUUCAGGUGGCUCAUUGUCCGUAUCAUGCUCGGAGCAGGCCUUAUUAAAAUCAGAGGGGACAAAUGCUGGAGGGACCUCACUUGCAUGGAUUAUCAUUACGAGACACAGCCUGUUCCAAACCCCAUGUCCUACUAUAUGCAUCGCUCCCCUUUGUGGUUCCAUCGCUUCGAGACAUUGUCCAACCACUUCAUCGAGCUCAUUGUCCCCUUCUUCACCUUCCUGGGCAGGCGGAUGCGUAUCAUUAAUGGCCUUGUGCAGAUUCUGUUCCAGGCGGCUCUGAUUGUGAGUGGGAACCUCAGUUUCCUCAACUGGUUGACCAUUGUUCCAAGCUUGGCCUGUUUUGAUGACGCGUCUUUGGGCUUCUUGUUUUGCUCCAGAGGUGGAGCUAUGAAAACUGUGCUGGAGAUUCAAAAAAAGGACAAAAAUGGACAAACCCUCAAACUCACCAAAGGGAUGCGGAUCCGUCAGGUGUUCAACGUGUCUUUGGGCAUUCUGAUUGGUUGCCUUAGUGUUCCGGUGCUGAUGAAUUUACUGAGUCCCAGACAGGUGAUGAACACGUCCUUUGACCCGCUGCGCAUCGUCAAUACAUACGGGGCCUUUGGCAGCAUUACCAAGGAGCGCACUGAGGUUAUUUUCCAAGGCACUCUGAGUGAGGAUCCCAAGGACCCGAAGGCAGUUUGGGAGGAAUAUCAGUUCUUGUGCAAACCGGGAGACAUGUACCGACGGCCAUGCCUCAUUUCCCCAUAUCACUACCGCUUGGACUGGCUCAUGUGGUUCGCUGCCUUCCAGACCUAUGAGCAGAGUGAGUGGAUCAUUCACAUAGCAGGACGCCUGCUGGCCAAUGAUAGCACUGUUCUGUCCUUGCUGGACCACAACCCAUACAAGGACGGAGGUGUCCCCAGAUGGGUUCGAGGGGAACAUUUCAAAUAUAAGUUCAGCCAACCAGGCAGUGCGCGGGCAGCUGAGGGUAAGUGGUGGCUGAGAAAACGCAUCGGUGCCUACUUCCCGCCUUUGGACUUGGAGGGACUCAGGGGCUACUUCCAGUCCAGGAACUGGCCCCACCCGCAUAUACCAACACAGAAGACCUGAGCACACCUCUGACAUGUGUCAAACUCAGUGGACAAUGGAGUUUGAAAGACACUUUUACCAAUACAAUAUAAGCACAUGUUAACAGUGACACGCACAUAUGUGCGUAUCAUUUUUUUGACUGCAAUCGGGGCCAACGCUAACCAUGUGAUCAACAUGAUGCCAUCUUGUGGCUUUUUUUUUCUGUAUUACCAUUAACUACUUUCAAUAAUAAAAACAAGUUGCAUUUCUCUUGCACAUUUCUUUGUGCACAUGCAAUUGAUUUGAUAUCAUUUAAACAUUACUGUGUUGAAAUGCCAAAUCUAUUGCUCAAAAUGUGAAUAAAUGAAAUGUUGGCUUUAA